CAGUUGUUACAUUCACGAACUAAAAGAUUGAUAUUACAUGAAAUCCUUUUUGUUGUUAUGAUCCUGCAAGUGAUCAUGAUAUUGAUGAUUUUUUUAAGAUUAUUCUUGAAAUUGAUAAAUCAUUAAAUGCAUUUGAAACAACAGCAGAACUAUUAUCAAGGAAAAAGGAUCUUCAAAUCACAUUGUAGAAUUCGUCAUUAUUCAUUUCAAAUAAAAUUCCAUUGCUUUUUUUUGUAUUUUUUAUUUUUAUUAUAUAUUGAAUUCAACGAAUUUAACAAUUCUGUUUUAUUAUUCUAUAGAUUAAUAAUGUUAAUUGUAAUGUUUGUAAACAAGUUCGGCUUCCUCAGCAUAUUUUUGAAAAUAUAGUUUUUUUACCAGAUCCUAUUCCAUCAAUAUGCAAGUAUAUUCUUUUUAUAUUAUAUAUUUUGCUUUUAUUUAAAUAAUUAUUAAUAUAAUUUCUAUACGAAUUUU